CUUUCUGUCUCUCGUUGAGUGUGUCCAUGAAAUAAUAAUAAUAAUACCAGAGAGAGAGGGAGAGAGAGAGGGAGAGAGAGACUGUAAUGUGGUGGCGAAGUUCGUGGCCACACUAAUACUCUGCUUUGAUGAUGAUGAGGAACCACAACAAUGGCGAGCGAACCACUGAUCUUGAUUCUCGUCUCCUGCAGCAAGAACAGGAUAAGCUCUUGUUCCAUGACUUCUUAGGCUCCAAGACUCCUGCUUUACCCUCCCCUUCCAUGGCUGACCACAGGCUACCUCCGGAUUAUAAGGCGGCUAAACCGGCCAUGACUCCCUCUAUGGCUUCGGCUUCCUCCGCCGGUGGACGCGGUGGUCUCUCCUCGACCUCCGAUCUCGUGGAAAGACACAGCGGCGGGGGGAAUCAUCUUGAUGGGAUACAAUUGUUUGGACCAAGAAGUGAGGUUUCUGGCUCGAUUAUGAGCAAUCGAUUUUCGGGAAACAAGAGAAGUACCUCGGAUUCACACUUCUCAACGCAAGAGCACCCAGAGACUCUGCAUUGGUCCAAGUUGCUUAGAAACGGACCUGGAAGCUUCUCCAUGAAUGUGAAUCCCUUGGCAAACCAGCCUCCACGUGGAGGAGGACAGAUCAGUCAUUUGCUUCAUCAGCUGUCUUCAAGCAGGUUCAAAGAUGAAAACGUAGGUCCAUCAGCUAUCGCUCAGACAGCUGCUGAUGAAGGUUCACGAACAGGGAUGAAAGGUCCCGGUAUCUUGAGUUCUUUUACAAUGCCAAACCCGACCAAGCUCGAAAGUUUUCCCCCUUCAAGCACCGGAAUUCGGAAAGACGUGAAGUCAAGUACUAAGCAAAUGACCAUCUUCUAUGGCGGUCAAGCUCAUGUCUUUGAUGAUGUUCUACCAAACAAGGCGGAUGUGAUAAUGGCCUUGGCAGGAUCAAGCGGGGGCUCAUGGUCUACCGGUUUGUCGCAUAAACCAAAGUCAAAGAACAACACAAGUGACUGUCCAUAUAAAAUAGACCAAAUGUAUGAAGGAGGCAGCUCUAGAGAAACACCGCUUUUGGUUACGGAUUUUCGUGCAAGGCCAAGUCAUCAAGCUACAUCCAGGGCCUGUCAGCGGAUCUUUUCACAACAAGGUAGAGAACAUCAAGGAAGUAUCAUCUCAAGGGGACGAGAUACCAGAGAUCCGGUUCACAUAUCAGAUCCUGAAAAAGAAGCCACAUGAUUUAGUCUGGAUAUGAGAGACGUGCUUAGUUGUCUUUUUUUGGCAAAUUAUCUAAGUUGUUAUUUGUUCGAGUUAAAAGCUUUGUACAAUGCUCUGUACCUUUCUAGGUUUAUAUUCCGAAUUUAUUACCCUUAAUGAUUUAAAGUAUAAUUUCCCCAUA